GGAGAAGGCACGUGACUAGGUUGCCCAGUCGGUCGUUCGUCGUCGCUACUGGCGAUUUCUUCAUGGGCCUCACGUCCUCGCUCCUGAGGACGCGGCGUUCGGGCGGAGGUUCCGUCCUGGUGAGUUCCGAGGAGGGCGAUCGAGUUGGUGUGGCUGCCAUGAUCGUCGGUGAGGCGGAGUCCGCCGUCUUCUGGGAGCAGAGGGAGAAGGACGUCGAAGCGGAGAGGGAGCGGUCGAAGAUUACGAGCCCUGGCUUCAGCUUCUCCCUGCGGGGCUUUUGUUUCCUUACCAUCUCGGUGUCGUGCAGAUUGUCCUGGAGAAGGGGUACAUUCGGGUAAUGAAGAGGGAAAGAGUUUAUCGAUCUGUGUUGCUUUUGUCGUGUGCAACUGCAAUUGGAUUAUAUCUGUGAUCUUGAUGCCGUGAUUCUCUGUGUUCUGACUCAUGCUUAGACCCAACCGUGUGCUUUUCUGAUUGCCUAGCAAUUUGAUACUUUGGUGAGAACGUCAAAAUUUUAGCCGUUUUCAAGGAAAAGCACCCAUUGUAAAUGGGAAUUCCGCCUAGUUUUAUCUUCGUAGGUCUGAAUUUCUUUCGGGUCUUCGACAAAUUGAGUGCUGAUGGAUUUCGUGGUCGGAAGAUUUGUUGAGAACAAAUUCUGCAUAAGUUCUCGGAAGUGCUUGCUUCGAUUAAAUAAUGAACUUCUUUCUUUCUUUUUUUUUCUUCCCCCUCCAUAAUCCGAUCUUGUCUCAACUAGGGUUAUGGCUGCAGGAGAACACUCAGUUAGCUGGUUCAUCUUUCGGGGCUAUAGUGUGUGCAGUUAUUGUAUCCGAAAACACCAUGGAGGACGCUCUGCAAUCCACCUUUGGCACUAAUGCUUUUCAAAGUUGCGAUUGAAAUGCAAAAUUGCAAUAUGGCUUUGCACAAAGUAUUCCCAAAACGGGCAAAAAAAAAUUUCCAAAAACAUGUUUUCACCUCUCGCGUGGAAACAUUUUUCGAGAAAAAAAUUUUCGAUUUCGGUUUUAACAGUAACAAAAAAAAAUUCCGCGUUUGAUAAACCGGAAAUAUUUUGAAAUUUUGAAAUUUUUUUCCAAAAAAAUGUUUCCACCGCGAGAGGUGGAAACUUUCUGGAAAUUUUUUUUUGCCCGUUAGGGCACGCUCAUCGCUCCCUCCUGCCGCUGCUGCCUUCCUUGGUCGCCUCCCUCCUGCCUGCACACGAAAGCCUCUCGCCCUCUGUGGGUCGGUCAUGGCCAGGACACGCUUCUCACCGGAGGACAUCUAUGCUGAAGGGAUGGAUGGUAGACCAGGUUCAGGGAGGGUCCAAAAAUGGGAAACAAAUAAGAAGAAUAAAGGGGCUAAUCAGACAGCCACUUUGUUAGGAGGAAAGCAAUGACUAAUGUGGAGGCGAAGAAGAUGAUGUAGAGCAAGUAGAGAAAAUCACCUCCCUUUUUCGGAGGCUAGGGCAUCCAAGCAAGGUAUUUCGUUCAUGUUUCGCCUCUGUCUCCUUCUCCUGUAGUUCUCUUCUUUGCGUGAAUUGGCAUGGAUCGGUCGACAGUCGAUCGUUUUCCUCUUUCUCUGCCGAGGAGGACGGUUGAGAAAACGUUUUUUUGUUUUUUUUUUCUCUAAAAAUUUAUUCGGUGGUGAGGUCGAUCCGGUAGAUAUUUCUAGGGUUUCUCUUUGCGAACGGGCUGUUUGUCAUGAAAAUUGGGGAUUUUUUGAUUUUCUGGAUUCGGUGGUCGGCUAUUUGUGUUCUAUGAUCAACAUAGUUUUUUUUAUCUACUUUCUUUGAGAAUGCCUGAAUUUUGUUUGUUGAUUUGGAUGUGAUCGGUUUAUGGUGGAGGAAGUGCAGGAUUGAUGGGCUGUGAGAAUGCCUGGAUUUCACAAAUUUUGCACUACAAAUGAUGUUCUCUGCUUUCUUCCUCUGUUGCAAAUGUUGUGUACAAAUUAUGGUGUUCUCUUCUUCUUCUUCUUCUUCUUCUUCUUGCUGUUUCUUCCCUUCUUCCCCUUUUCUUAUGUUCCCUCUUCUCUGUACACAGUGAUCCCCACAGGCCACAGCGCUGAUGCCACUGGAGGUGAAACCAGCAAAAUACAAUAGCAUUUUUUCUGAUUUUAGUGUAUUAUGGAAGGAGCAAGGGGUUGUAGGACUUUGGAGAGGUUGGGCUGGGAAGUUAUAUGGAUAUGGUGCCUUGCACAAGGAGGUUGUAAGUUUGGCCUUUAUGAAUACUUCAAGAAGACGUAUGCUGAUGCGUUUGGGCUAAAUGUCGCUGGGAGGCAGAGAACUUGGAUUUAUUUUUUGAGCAGUGCAUCUGCUCAAGUGAUUGCAGAUGUUGAGCAGUGAUUGCAGAUGUUGCCCUCUGUCCUUUUGAGGAAGUCAAAAUUCGUGUGCAAACUCAACCUAACUAUGCUAAAGGAUUGGUUGAUGGCUUUCCAAAAUUGUAUGCAGCUGAAGGCCUGCCAGGGUAAGGAGGAGCUUCUUUGUUCAUUGCUCGAAGUUAUUUGUGUAUAUCUAAAGAUGGUUUCAGACUUUGAGUUCAUCUCUUUGAUUCUAAUUGCUAAAUGCCUUUGUAACUGCAGCUUCUACAGGGGUCUUGCUCCACUUUGGGCACGGAAUCUUCCAUGUAAAUAAACUCAUUUUUUCUUUCCCUGAAGAAUUGGCCAAAGAGAACUUUUGAUUGCUGAAAUUUUCAAGGUUGAAUAGAGAGUAGAGAAUGAAAAAAUUAGUUGGCCUAUGACAUGCAACAUAUUUCCAUGACUUGUAGGCUAUUUUAUAGCUGAAUAUGACUUGUACCCUAUUUUAUAGCUGAAUGGACAAUCUCCCAGGUCCAAGUGGUUAGAUGAUCUAAUAUAAAAGAAUGACCUGUGAUUAUUUAGUGUUGACCCAAUUACAGAUGUCCAAGUGGUUGGAGCUUGUGUCAAACUGAUGUGAUUCUGUUUCUAGCUUUGUAUCUCUUUAUAUGGAACUGAUAUUUUUAUCUCUAUUACAAUUGCCAAACCCCAAAUGGAUUGCUGCAUCCUUGUGAUCAAGAUAAUUUUUUUGAUGUCUCACAAUUGUGAGCUUUUUUCUUUCUUAAGAUGAAGAAAAGAGCAAAAUAUCUUGAUUUAGGUUGCAUUUGUGGUUUGGGUUUUUUUUUGUUCUUGUAUGCUGUUUGGAUGAAGAAAGUCUUUGCAUGCUCCUGGAACUUUAUAAUCUGGCUUGUUUACUGAAGGCCUGUUAGCUUGGUUAAACAUUGAAUAGAUGAGGUCUUGUUCAUAAGUUCCUUUCUCAUGUAGAUAACAAGAAGCUAUCUACGUUGCAUGGUGUAUUUAUGUUGAAUAUUUUAAUCUAGUUUGUGUAUAUCAUUUCGCUUCUUCCUGCCUAUGUUGAACGUUUGAUUAGUAUCUCUUGCAAAUGCGAGACGUUCGUUUCAUGUCACCAACUAAUCUUCCCAUUUGCAUGUGGAGAAAAUUUUUCAGAAAUUUGCUGCCACCUAUUCGUUCUUGUUUUUGAAGAGUGCAAUAGAUGUCUUGGUGAUUGUGCUAUAUGAAUGCAUAUUUUUCCACCUAAUGGUAGUCCAAGAAAAGGUGCAGUAUUUCAGUUGUUGGCAUAUGAAAAGAUAAAAUAUACUAUGAAACCUCAUGCCAUGUAUAAACUAUAACUACUAAUUUACAAUAAGAUAGGGCAAGUUGUCAUGAUACCUGCAGGUAUUUUCCUUUCUAACCUAAAUUCAUCGUUUGGAAUAAAACCUCUUGUCGCUGCACUUAUCUUUUCAUGUUGCUUGGUCAUGGAGUCACCGUAGUUUAUUGCACCGCAUUAUGGUAACAUGAAUAUUAAACUUCUGGACUUUCUUCCCUGCAGGAGAUUGAAAGGCAUGGUCUUAAAGUUUCAGUUGUCGGAAUUCCAAAGACUAUUGAUAAUGAGAUUGCGGUUGUCGACAAAUCAUUUGGUUUCUGAUACUGCAGUUGAAGAGGCUCAAAGGGCUAUUAGCGCAGCGCAUGUCUGAAGCUGAAAGUGGUGAAAAUGGUGUGGGCCUUGUCAAGCUGAUGGGCUGGAUUUAUUGCUAUGUACUCUACGUUGGCUGGCAGAGAUGUGGGCCGGGGGGAGGACUCUUCGAAUUCAUAGAGCACAGACUCAGAGAGAAUGGUCAUAUGGUUAUUGUUAUAGCAGAAGGUGGUGGGCAGAAUCUUAUUGAGGAGCACUUGCGCGACAUGGAACACAAGGAUGCUUCGGGAAACAAGGUCCUUCUUGACGUUGGGCUGUGGCUUUCUCACAAGAUCAAGGACCACUUUGCCAAGGAAAAGAUUGUAAUGAACCUCACAUACAUAGAUCCCACAUACAUGAUUCGUGCCAUUCCUAGCAAUGCUUCAGACAACGUCUAUUGCACGCUUCUCGUUCAUAGUGCUGUCCAUGGCGCCAUGGCUGGAUACUUGGGCUUCACUGUCGGUCCUGUUAACGGCAGGCAUGCUUAUAUACCUAUCUACCGUGUGACUGAGAAGCAGAAUCAAGUCUGUAUAACUGACCGUAUGUGGGCGAGGUUGCUUUCCUCUGCGAACCAACCUACCUUCCUCAGCCCAGAGGACAUUGAAGAAGCCAAGAGUAAGGGAGAGUCGAGCAUUCAAGAUCUACAAAUGUUCUUGGAAGACGGGAAGGCCUUGAGUGAGGACGGCAAUUUCUCGGCGACGUCAUAAUUCGGAUCAAGAGAUUUCGAUUGUUUUGCGAACCAACCUAGCUCCCGCGAGCUCUCAAUUAUGUUAAUUGAGAUAUUUUAUAAAAUAAUUUCAUUAAAGUGUCUUA